UGGAAAGAAGAAACUAUUUAAAACUCUAAUGACACUCUUCAUUCACAGCUUACACAUCUGUGGAGUCCUGACUACACGGGUGCUCUCCAAAACGCACCGCCGGUUCUUUUGUUACCACUGGAUUCAAACACGUUUACCAAAAUACCUCGUUUCCGGCAGUAUUACAAAAGACGUUUUAAAUCCUAAGAAAGCUUAUAAUUUAUCCUCUCGUCUGUGACUGAGAAAUGAAUCAAAAAGGCAUUUUAAUGUGGAUUUUCAUUUGUGCUUAUGCACUCUUCGCAUUCGCAACUGGGGAAAACGCCGUUCUUAAAGGUGAAGACAGUGAACUGGAUGAUUUGUCAACAAACAGCCAGGCUGCAGCUGGCAUCAUCAAGUACAACAUGAGAAAGCAUGUCGAUCUGGACCAGGAGGGAUGUUACCUGAAGACUGGCAGGGAGGACUGUCUAGAGGAAUGUGGUUUCAAUACUACAGCCAAGACAAUCUUCAUCAUCCAUGGCUGGACGAUGAGCGGGAUGUUUGAAAGCUGGAUGCAAAAGCUUGUCAAUGCUGUGAUGCAACGUGAAAGCGAUGCCAAUGUGGUGGUGGUUGAUUGGAUAUCCAGGGCGCAGCAGCUAUACCCUGAUGCAGUCAACCACACCCAUGGUGUUGGCCUUGAUAUUGCAGCAAUGCUCAACUGGCUUCAGGAUGAGCACCAGCUCCCUCUGGAGAACGUCCAUUUGAUUGGCUAUAGUUUAGGUGCUCAUGUGGCAGGCUACGCAGGAACAUAUGUACGAGGGACCGUUGGCAGAAUCACUGGGUUAGACCCAGCAGGACCUAUGUUUGAGGGUGUAGAGAAAGAGAAACGCCUCUCUCCAGAUGAUGCUGACUUUGUGGAUGUUCUGCACACGUACACUCGGGAGGCUUUGGGUGUGAGCAUUGGAAUCCAGCAGCCAAUUGGGGACAUUGAUAUCUACCCCAACGGCGGUGAUGUGCAGCCAGGCUGUGGACUCAGUGAUGUGCUGGCAAUGACGGGAAAUUUCAUGGAGGUGAUGAAAUGUGAACAUGAGCGAGCUGUGCACUUGUUUGUGGAUUCCCUGAUGAAUAAGAAGCACAUGAGCUAUGCCUUCCAGUGCACUGACCCCAGUCGCUUCAAGAAGGGAAUCUGCCUCAGCUGUCGCAAAAACCGCUGCAACAAAAUCGGCUACAAUGCCACAAAAAUGCGCAAGAGGCGCAACACUAAAAUGUACCUGAAGACCCGUGCUGAUACUCCCUUUGCAGGUUACCACUACCAGAUGAAGAUGCACGUGUUCAACAGAAAAGACUCAAACAGUGCUGAUCCCAUCUUCAACAUCAAGUUGUACGGCGAACACAAGGAUACAACUGAUAUGUUUGUCGACGUCCAUGAUAACGGCAUCGGUCUGAACCUGACAAACACCUUCUUGGUGUUUACUGAGCAGGAUAUCGGUGACCUGCUCAAGAUCCGUCUGAGCUGGGAAGGAGAAUCUGACUCUUGGAGCUCUAUGUGGAAGAACAUCAGGAAUAAAUUCUGGAACAACAAGCCUUCCAAUCCCAUACUGGAAGUUCGACGGAUUCGCGUGAAAGCUGGAGAAACGCAGAAAAAGUAUGCUUUCUGUGCCCAAGACCCUUCAAGAACAGAAAUCUCUCCAGGAGAACAUAUAACUUUUGUUAAAUGCCCUGACGGUUGGGAUGUGAAACCAAGAAAACGGGUGCCCAUGUAACAAUUCAGCACUUCCAACAACCAAUGCACCAUCACCAUGGGGACCCAGCAUGAAUCAGGGAGAAGCACUGCCCUCUUUGAGCACUUUGUGGUGAGCAGGGGGGGGAUUCAGGUCUAGGACUCUGGAAGAUUUCCACUGGACUCUGAAAAUGAGAACUAUGGUGUUCUGUUCAACAUAAGAUAAGCAAAAAUGGUGCGACUCCUGGAAGUGGUGUCAACCUGAAUAUGAGGAUUGCCUGAGGAGGAGUUACAGAACAUUCCUUUGUGUUGGGGUAGUGAAGUAGAAAACAAAUCUGUGCCAGUGGACACACCAGCAGUUAGUCACUGUACUGUAUAUUUUUUAAAAUAUUAUUUAUUUAUGAAAAAAAAAUGGAAGCACUGCAAGACUGUUAUUUAUCGGAGCACACACCAGAACAGAGCGUAUGUUGAAUGAGUUUCUUCCAAAUGCAGUAUUUGUGUAUUGAUGUUUGCAUGUUUGUGCCUGUGAAGUGUGCCUUUCUGCUGAAUGAGAUUGAUACACUGUUUAAUUGAAGGAGAUGCGAUCUCAUUAAUACUAUCUUUUUGAGCUGUUGUGUGUACAGUAACUGUAUG